AUGGCCGCGAAGUGUGUGUUGGUCCCUUGGCCCGCACUGCUGGUAGUAGUGUACCCGUGGUGCCUCCUCGUCACUGCCGGUCAGUCACACGGACUGUCCUUCCAAGCGGCUGCUCCGCCAGCCACUUGUCUCCACGUGCCACGCCGAGAGGUGCUUCAAGGUUCCAGCGUGUCCGUGCCUUGCGCUGGGGCAGAUCACGACAACGGCGGUCAGAUCAGAUGGUACAAGGAAGGCAAGCCCGUAUUGCCCGUGCAACAAGGCCCCUUGGCUAUAAACGGCUCCUCUCUCAGGCUGACCCAACUGGGCUCGGCUGACUCCGGUUGCUACCAAUGUUUGCGGGACAACGGCCGCUGGAGCUCGUAUGCCCUCGAGGUCAUAGGUCCGAUGUCGCCACCGGAGAUCACAGACUCCGACGGAAAUGCUGUCGGAUCCAAGCUCGGUUCUCUCGUCCAGGGCGAAGCGCUGGAGCUGUUUUGCAGCCCACCCCAGGCGUUUCCCAGUGCACGCAUCCGGUGGCAGCUGCAAGACCAGUGGGGUCCCGCGUCUUCGGCCGCCGCUGGCACGACGGUGUUGCUGAGCGGCACGGGAUCGCUCCUACGCGUCGAGGCGCUGGACCGACGCCACCACGGAAUGAAGAUACGCUGCACGGCCAGCCGGCCCGUGGCUGGUGCUGCGUCGGCGGCUGUCACGCUGGACAUCUACCGUAAGGACGACCUAAUCCCUUUUCCAACUGUCCUUUUGUUCGAAUACUUGGGGGGCACCACCAUGAAAACGACCCUUACGUCGUUUGACGCUAAGUUGUGA